UCAUUCUCUAUUUCUUAGACCUUGUGCUGUAGACGGGAACAGGGGAAGGAGCCCAGACGUGGGGACACAUUCCCAGGCCCUUGCAGGACCGCCAUGGCUUAUGAUGUCUCCUGGAAAAAAGAAGACUGCCUAGAGAGUGAACAAGUUGACGGCGUGGGGCUGAUAGCAGGCCAAACCCAGCGAGAGAAGAAACAUUCCUACAAAGAUCUGCUUCGAGAAGAGGUUAGAAAGAAUUCAAAGAAGAAACUGAAGGAGAGUGAACUCGUCUUGCUAGGGACAGAUUCUCACAAGAAGAAGAGGAAGCAUUCCUCCAAUGACUACAGCUACAGAGAUCUUUCUGCUUUUGAACUAUUCUUACCUUUGGACUCAACUUCCAAAAAGAAGGGGAAAGACACUACCAUGGAUCUCCUUAAAGCCAUCACCUCACCUUUGACUACCAGCUCCAAGUCUUCUAAAAGGCCAUUGGAGAAAUCAUCUCAUUCUUCAUCCACUGCUUCUGGUUAUUCAGAAAGCAAGAAAGAACACCACAAGAAGAAGCUGAGUGGGAGCAGCAAUGAUCUGUCUUUGGAUGAUAGCACUUCUCACAAGGCCAAAAAGAUGAAGCCCCCCUAUGUGAAUACUGAACUGUUGACCUUGCGUGAACCUGAUGGCUUAAAGAUGAAACUUAUCCUUUCACCUAAGGAAAAAGGAGGAGGUGCAAUAGAGGAGACUUUUCCCUACACUCCAGCAACCAAAAAAUCCAGUAAAAAGUCCACUCGGGAUGAACAGGGCUCACUUCUCCCAAGUCAUGACACUCACAGCUUCUUGAAAUCAGCUCGGAAGAAGCACAAGCUGCCACCAGAUUCACAUCCCUCUCCAGUCACUGAGAGCUUUAGCCCAGAAACAUCCCUUUUCCAAGAAGGACAAAGCAGUGGGUUUGAGCUGUCAGGCCUAGAACCACAAUUAGAAUCUGCUUCAUCCUCUGGAGGUGAGUUGGAAGCUGGAGAGCUAGUAAUUGAUGAUUCAUAUCGGGAGAUAAAGAAAAAGAAGAAAUCCAAGAAGAGUAAAAAGAAAAAAGACAAGGAGAAACACAAGGAAAAGAAACACUCAAAAUCUAAGAAGAGUUCAGGGCAUUCAUCUUCAUUGGCAUUACCAGAAGUUGCAGCUCCACUGCCAGUUCCGCCAACAAGCAUGCCAUUUGCUAUCCCUUCUCCUCCUCCUCCUCCUCCUCCUCCCCUACCCCCACCUUUGUCUCCCGUUUUCCCUACAGAUGGCCAGAGUGAGAAGAAGAAGAAGAAGGAAGAAAAAGAGAGGGCUGAGAAACUGGAAAAAGAAAAGCCAAAGAAGAAAAACAUGUCUGCUUAUCAAGUGUUCUGUAAGGAAUACCGUGUGAACAUUGUGACUGAACAUCCAGGAAUAGAUUUUGGUGAUCUGAGCAAAAAGCUGGCAGAAGUUUGGAAGCAGCUUCCAGAGAAGGAUAAGCUGGUUUGGAAACAGAAGGCUCAAUAUUUGCAACAUAAGCAGAAUAAAGCAGAAGCUACAACAGUGAAGAGAAAAGCAUCCUCAUCAGAGGGUACCCCCAAACUGAAAGCUUCUAUUUCAGGUGGACUUUCACCUCACAAGAAGUCCCCAUCUAGUACUGUAGUGUUAUCAUCUUCACCAGUUAAAGUUCCUGAAAUAGAUCCCAUUGAUGUAGCUGCACAUCUGCAAUUACUGGGAGAAUCACUAAGUCUUAUUGGGCACAGACUACAGGAGACUGAGGGGAUGGUGGCUGUGUCAGGAAGCUUAUCUGUGCUCCUGGAUUCAAUUAUCUGUGCCCUAGGUCCUUUAACUUGCCUGACAUCACAACUACCUGAACUAAAUGGUUGCCCCAAACAUGUUUUGUCAAACACUUUGGAUAAUAUUGCCUACAUAAUGCCUGGACUCUGACAGGCAAAGAACUAUGGGAGUUGACCUGAAAUCAUGUGACUGCUAUAUGUAGAUAUAUGCUGAACUGGCAUUCUUCAAGGAGUCAACAUGAAGGGUUUUAAGAAACAUAAAAUCUGAACAUAAAAUUGAACUGUAACUUGAUUUCAUGAAACAUUCUGAAAUUAAUUUUUGAGAAUUAGAAUUGAGAGAUCUUUUGAUACAUCAGCCUUAAUGUGGAAGAAAAAUAAAACAGUGGAAUUGAUAUUACCUGGAAAAGUCAAGCAAGUUUGGUGAAGAACAAGUAUCAUCGACAUGACACCACUCAUAUUGUAGGGUAUAACCCAAAUGUUACUUCUCUGAGAGAAGUCAAUUAGUUGAAAGACUUUUGCUUUAACAGUGAAUUUGUGUGUUGUCAAAGUCAGUGCUGGAAAGAAUGUUGUUUUUCGUUGUCCACUCCAUCCCUACACCUGUGGCAUCAGGAAUCUUAUUAAAUCUCAUAGCCAUAGGAUUAAAUCUCCAUAUACAGAGGAAAGUGUGGUGAAUGAAUUCUUAAACAUAUAAGAGAAGCAAGGUCUUCUUAAUAUAGAUGAAUAGAGAAAUAUUAUUAUUAUUAUUAUUAUUAUUAUUAUUAUUAUUAUUAUUAUUAUGGUUUUGCCAUAGACGGUUACUCUGGACUGUGGUAUUUAGAAUAUUGCUUGAGUUAUAAAUUCAGUAUAAAUUGGGAGCAAAUAAAGGGGUAUGUUUUAGCCAAAAAAGCGCCCCCAUCCCUUGUAGACUUUUAAAAAGCAGUAGCUAAGAGUGCCACUAUAAAAUUCUUAGGGAUAUAAUUGACACUCAGAUUUGGAAUCUCUUGUCACCAGCAGUAAAAAGCAUAUGGCCUAUCUUUUCUCAUGGUGCUGAUGUAUAUGUUUGUAGAAGCAGUGAUUAAGGUGACAUUUAAGGACUUACUAUUAAGAGGGAGACACUGAUUGGAUAAACUGACACUGGGUUUAGUCCUCAGGGUGCCUCUUUCUCUUUGAGGAAGCACUUCAUAUCCUCAUAUGCUUACGUGUAACAUUUUUGCUUUGCUUAUUUACAUUUUCAUAUAUCUCUAGUAGAUUAAUUUAUAUUGUACAUUUCUGUAUAUAGUUGUAAUUAAAACAGAUUCCUUCCACAUGCAGUGCAGAGAAAGCAUGAAUUGAUUGUUGUCAUCGGGAUACCUUAUAAUAAUUGAAUUUGAUCUGUUAUAUCAGAGCAUAGUCUCAGAAUGAGACAGUAUAACAACUCAAUAGCAGCUGUGAUAAUUUAAAGGUCAGUGGGGCAAAAAGGAGGGUAAUGUUGAUUCCAGGACUAAAUUUUAUGCACUGUUUUUCCAGGCACUUGUGACUUGACAUACUUAUAAGUAGUUUUAAAUUGGCUGGGUUCAUAGCAAGAUUUAAGAAUAUGAAUGCUGUUUUUACUAUCUUCUUUCAUAGUUACUUUAUCAUUAAAGACCUCUCUAAACUGGUUUCCCUUAGUUAAACCUAAGGGAAACAGUCUUACUAUAGUAGGUGCUAUUCUAUAAAUGGAUUCAUGUGCUGGGGACUAAUACCUUUGCUUUUACAAAGCAAAUCUGAUAUUUGUCCAAGUAGUGUCUCAAGCAGUGUUAGGGAGGUGAAGAAAAUAAUUGUGCAAUCUCUUUGAUCUGCGCAAUUAUCUGAAACGUAUCAUUGCCUCCAAUAAUGCCCUCGUGCUGAUGGAUGAAUACAGCCAAGGGCUUCUGUUUGUAGAGGAGGGAGGUAAUUUAUGCAUAUUCCCUUCUUCCAGUGCAGGCCCUCAGCAAUCUGUUGCAAAGGCCUGGGGACACUUUGAGAUACUGUGGGCAGGUUGCAGGAGAGAGGAGUAGUGAGCAAAUCCCACUCGUACUUUCUGCUAACAGAAACCUCCAUUGGAUUAGAAAACCUUGUCAGUGGCAAGACAUCUUUGUAAUUUUGGAAAAAUUUAUUUCUGGAGGAGGUAUAAUGGGUUGGGUGAUGCAACAUGACAGGCCAGUGGUCCAUGGUUUAUUGAGCAUGAACAGUGCCCUGGAGCAGACUGCUCAAAUGCUCCUGCUUUCAGGAGGAAGAGAUUAGCAAAUCACACUGCCUUCUUCCAUGGUUGGUUUAAUGUGUCAUCUAAGCACAGGUAUGCUGUGGUGCUCUGACUUGUCUCUUGUCUCUCUCUCCUCCCCCCCCCUCCCCCCAAUCAAGUCAAACACAUAUAUGCUACUGAAAGAGGGACUGAUUUCUUGCUCCCCCAGUUUGCAUAGUCUGGCGCAAGCCAAUAUUUGGCUUAGAUUUGAACGUGUCUGUCUCUGAUUAAACAAUAAAAGGAAAUCUGCUUCAGUUUUGCCAUCUGCACUGUGGCAAACCUGAAGAUUUUUUUUAAUGGUGUAUUCAUGUAUUUUUAUUUCAAAUUUGUAUACAUUUGUAUAAUCUGUAUCUUGUGAUGUUUGGUACCAGAAGGAUUUGGACUAUUGGUUUUUUAAUAUUGGUUAUUUCCUGCCCAUAUGGUCCAAAUUGUGUUGUAUAAAUGUUUUGCUAAUAAUGUAUAUGUAUAAACUUUUUUUAAAAAAACUGAAA